AUGGAAGCUAAAGCUAAUCGGUUAAAGGAGGAGAAGACGUAUUUGAGCUCGAAAUCAAUAGCUGAUGGGUCUAAAGCAGUUCUUCGAGCUGGAAUACGUGAUGUAAUCAAAUCAAAUUAUGGAAAAGAAAAUAUCGAUCCUCAAUUUAUUAAAGCUAAAUUGGAUGCGUUUGAUAAGGUGAUUGCCGAACAGAAAAAAAUGGAAGAAGAAAAAGGAUUCGUGUUGCUCCAAGUAACUUCAGAUAUGGUUAAGGGAUUCAAUUCUUCUAAGAACACGGUGGUUGGGUUAUCUUCUUCAUCCCCUGUAAUUCAAGUGAACAUGGAAACGAACGCUAGAACUGGUACUGGGUCGAACAUUGGAUCGUUAAUUGGAAUGAAAAUGCAUAAGGGCAUGUUGAUUGAUGAGUCGAAUGCUUCCAAGGAUUUCAAUUCUUCGCAGAUUAUGGAAAAUAGUUUGUCUUCUCCAGCGAUGGGAUCGGCAGUUGAUAAUAAAGAUGUCAAGGGUAUUUUGGGAAAGUCCCCAUUAUCGCAAGUUGCACCUGUUAUUUCAGGUACCAAUUUAGUCUCUGAAGAUAAUCUUAUUAAUCCAAUUAGUAGUCCUAUUAAUUGUAUUGAUGAAGAUAUGAAAGAUUCACUGAAUGAGAAUGGAAAUUUGGAAGUUGAUACUGGUAAUGAUAUGAAGAAGGAACAGGGAACUAACUUCUUGAGCAUGGAUUUUACCAAACCUGUUGCUUCCCCUGCAGCUAAGUUAGUUAGUGAUUAUAAUAAAAAAUCUUAUGCUCGUAUGGUUGAAUCAACAAAUACUGCAGUGGAUCUUAACAUUAAAGUAAUUCCAAAAGAGGAUGGAAAGCCUAAAGGGAAAGUUGAGUUGCUUUAUGCAGAUUUAAUGUUGGGUGGAGCUCCUUAUCAUGCUACAUUGUAUGGGUUUUUUGUGGGGAAAAAACUUGCGUUUCCAAAGAUGUAA